AGUUCACUCUGUGAGUUGAGCUGUGUGUCCAAGCGCGGAUAGUUUUUCCGGCCGUGUGUUUCCAGACUUUCCGAAGACAUGGCAGCCUGCGGUGGAGCCGUGCCAUAAGGAGACAGGAAAGUCCUCUGAGCCAGCGUCUCUGUCAGUGACCCCCAGGCCCCUCCUGACUCAGGGAUAUCAUGGGACACUUAUCCCCUCUCCUCCUCUCCUUCCUCCUCCUGGCCCAUCCCUGCACCUCCAUCAGGCCCCAGGUUGUGGAGCGAGCAUCUGCCCCCGAGCAGCCUCAGUCCUCUGCUAAUGCCACAGGGUCGGGCAAGCGGACAUGUUCGGGUGUUGUGGUGUGCAAACCUGGUGUUCUGCUGCCGGUGUGGUUGCCACUCAACCCUCCAGUCGGGGAGCAGGCAGGGAGGGCCAUUGUCUACUUCCUGUGUCUCAUGUACAUCUUCCUGGGUGUGUCCAUCAUUGCAGAUCGCUUCAUGGCGUCCAUAGAGGUUAUUACCUCUCAGGUGAAGGAGGUGACCAUCACCAAACCUAACGGUGAGACGACAGUGACCACAGUGAGAAUCUGGAAUGAGACUGUGUCUAACCUGACACUCAUGGCUCUGGGCUCCUCUGCACCUGAGAUCCUGCUCUCUGUUAUUGAGGUGUGUGGGCACAACUUUGAUGCCGGGGAGCUGGGUCCGGGCACCAUAGUGGGCAGCGCUGCCUUCAAUAUGUUUGUGAUCAUUGGUCUGUGUGUGUGCGUGAUCCCUCACGGAGAGUCUCGCAAGAUCAAACAUCUGCGAGUAUUUUUUAUCACAGCUUUUUGGAGUAUUUUUGCAUACAUAUGGCUCUACCUCAUACUGGCUGUCAUCUCACCUGGGAUUGUAGAGGUAUGGGAGGCCAUUGUGACACUGCUUUAUUUCCCGGUGUGUGUGAUCUUGGCUUGGAUCGCUGACCGCCGCCUCCUCUUCUACAAAUACAUGCAUAAGCGUUACCGUGCUGACAAGAGGCACGGCCUCGUGGUGGAAAUGGAAGGUGACCUUGCACCCAAAGGCAUUGACGUGAUCAUGGAUGGAAAGUUGUCAGACGGCAGUUCGUGUCCUGGAAACUCCUCCAGUGUGACCGUUUCUGUGCAGACGGGAAAUGAACUGGACCAGAAUAAAGAUGAGGUGGUCCGCAUCCUGAAAGACCUGAAGGAGAAACACCCAGACAAAGACCUAGACCAGCUCAUUGAGAUGGCUAACUACUCUGCACUGGUUCAACAGAAGAAAAGCCGUGCCUUCUACCGUGUCCAGGCCACACGCAUGAUGAUUGGUGCAGGCAACAUAUUAAAGAAACAUGCUGCUGAGCACUCCCGUCGUUCUGCAGGCCAGGCGACUGACAAGGCCACAUGCUCGCACAUUUGUUUUGAAAAUGCCCAGUACCAGUGCACAGAAAACUGUGGCUCACUGAGCCUGGGGGUGAUCCUGGAGGGUGGCACAGGCCAGAACGCUUUCUAUGUGGAUUACUGUACAGAAAAUGGCUCUGCCAAUGCUGGGGCAGACUAUGAAUUCAGUCAGGGAACCCUGGUGUUCAUGCCAGGAGAGAGCCGCAAAGAGAUCAAGGUGAGCAUCUUGGAUGAUGACAUCUUUGAGGAGGACGAGCAUUUCUUUGUGCGUCUUCAGAACCUAAGGUUAGAAGAAGGUGGAAGUGAAGGAACAGGAACUCCACCAAAGGGUCGACUGGUGGAGCCACUGGUUGCCACCAUCACUAUACUGGACGAUGACCAUGCUGGCAUCUUCACCUUUGGCCAACGUGUGCUGCGGGUGAGUGAGAGCACAGGCACUCUGACAGUGACAGUGGUGAGGAACUCAGGCUCCAGGGGCACUGUUGCUGUGCCGUACCAUACAGAGGAUGGUGGUGCCAAGGCGGGGGUGGACUACGAGGAGGCCAGAGGGGAGCUUGAAUUCACCAAUGAACAGACCAGUCAGACCUUAAAGGUGCGCAUUAUAAAUGUGGAGGAGUAUGAGAAGCAGGAAAACUUCUUCAUUGUGCUCGAGGACCCCAAAUGGCUGAAACGAGGUCUUUCUGGAAACCCCACUCCUGAAGAGGAAGAGGCCCGUAGGAUCUCUGAGAUGGGCAAACCCAUUCUAGGAGAGCAUAGCAGGCUGGAGGUCAUCAUCAGGGAGUCCUGUGAAUUUAAGAACACAGUGGACAAACUCCUGAAGGACACAAACCUGGCUGUGGUGGUUGGCACUCACUCGUGGAGAGAGCAGUUCAUCGGAGCAGUCACAGUCAGCGCAGGUGAUGGAGAUGAGGAGGAGGGACAGGAGCAGCGAAUGCCGAACUGCUUCGACUAUUUCAUGCACAUACUGUGCGUUUUCUGGAAGAUUCUGUUUGCUUGCGUCCCACCCACAGAGUACUGGAAUGGCUGGGCAUGCUUCAUAGUGUCAAUCUCUGUUAUUGGUUUUUUAACAGCCAUUAUUGGAGACCUAGCUUCCCAUUUCGGCUGCACCGUCGGCCUGAGAGACAGUGUCACUGCGGUGGUCUUUGUAGCACUGGGGACGUCACUUCCUGAUACCUUUGCCAGCAAAGUGGCUGCCACUCAAGACCAGUAUGCAGAUGCAUGUGUGGGAAAUGUGACAGGAAGCAACGCGGUGAAUGUGUUUUUGGGAAUUGGUGUGGCCUGGUCUGUGGCUGCCAUAUACUGGCAAGUCAAAGGUAAGGUCUUCCGUGUUGACCCCGGCUCGCUGGCCUUCUCCGUCACACUCUUCACCAUUUUUGCCUUCAUAUCUAUGGGAGUGUUGAUGUUACGCCGGAGGCCGUCCAUAGGCGGUGAGCUUGGGGGCCCUCAGGUCUCCAAAGUCCUCACAUCACUGCUUUUCUUUGGACUCUGGUUCCUUUACAUCCUCUUCUCCAGCUUGGAGGCCUACUGCCAUAUACAAGGCUUCUGAGACAGCACUGCUGAGGAGAGUAAUGACUGCACAAUAACAAAUACACAUCAUCAGGACUGUACACUUCUGUUGCAGUAACUACCACUGAGAAGACCUCUCAUCACUUGACAACUGCUGCCAUGGUUCAUAAAAAGAAUGCAUACACACUACAGACUCACACAUACGGAUCUGUACGUCACAUCCACUGCAGGACAGUUCCAGUCAGGAAAAUGUAUUGUGACUACACUGAUUCAUUUUCACUUCAGUGGACUAAAUAGCAUGCACUGUUUGUGUUACAGGAGAGCAGAGCAGGUCCGUGUGCACUGUGAAGUCACUGGAUUUUGCUUGAUGCUAACUUGAUGCCUAAUGUCUCACAACUCGGAUUUCAAGUGUGGUCUCAUUUCUUCUCAUAGAGGCAGAGUCACGUUAGACUUCCUGACCUGGUAAAUAAAGUAAUAAAACCAAGGGCAGCUGCUUUUACAAAGAUGUGUGAUGUAAGGACAGCUGAGUGUA